AUGGGGCAUGGUACAGUGUGUUCGUAUUUGUUACCAUUUUGGGAUGACUUACAACGCCACCUUGAAAUGAUAAAAUGCAAAGCGAUAGUAUCAUCUAAGCUAUCGUAUCCGAACAUCGCAAAGGCCCUGAACUCUAUGCAGAAGAAACUACCUGUUAUACUAAUAGACAACGAUGAGCUACCAGAGACAACAAUAAGAUUCUCUGAGUUCGCCAAUGACUUGAAUGUUGACGUGGACUGUUUGAAAGCCGUGAAACGGAGUGCAAAAGAUGUCGCCAUUAUGCCUUUCUCGAGCGGUACAACAGGAUUUCCGAAAGCCGUUGUUUGCACUCACAAAUCUGUUGUGGACUUUAACAAAGCCACACUAGAUCCGAAAGUUAUUUCUGUGGAGGAGGCUACAGCGAAUUAUCAAUCAGUGAUGCCGGGAGUGUUGCCAUUUUUUCACAUAUUUGGCUUUAACGUGCUUAUGAUGAACUUGAUGUGUGUGGGUGUUAAACUGGUAACAAUAAGUCAGUUCAAGCCUGAAGUGUUUCUGGAGACCCUCGUCCGACAUAGGACUCAACAUAUGUACGCUGUUCCACCUAUGAUAAUAUUUCUGGCAAAACAUCCGGCAGUGACGGCCGCCCAUCUCCAAUCGCUCAAAGGCAUCGUGUGUGGAGCGGCCUCUUUAGCCGAAAGCGACGUUGAAGCUCUUCUAAAGAAGAACAGGAACAUCAGAUUCCGUCAAGGCUACGGUCUGACUGAGACCAAUGGUGGCAUAGUAAUUGGACGCAAUGAUGACUCUAAUUAUGCCUCUGUUGGACAUCCACUUGGGAGCUGCCAGAUUAAAAUUACUGAUCUCAAAACCCAGGAGGCGCUUGGGCCAGGACAGGAAGGUGAGAUUUUGAUCCGUGGCCCGCUGCUCAUGAGCGGGUACUAUGAGAACGAAGAAGCUAAUAAGGAAGUGUUUACAUCAGAUGGCUGGUUAAAAACCGGUGAUGUCGGCAAAUACGACGAGAAUAAAUAUUUGUAUAUCACCGAUCGGUUAAAAGAACUUAUUAAGGUGAAAGGAUUCCAAGUACCGCCAGCAGAGUUGGAGACCAUUCUCCGUACUCACCCUAAAGUCCUCGACUGCGCUAUCGUAGGUAUUAAGGACCCGAUUAGCGGUGAGGCGCCUAAGGCCUUCGUAGUGCCACACGCCAAACAGUCCAUUGACCCGAAGGAAUUAUUAGAAUACGUGAACACCCAAGUAGUGGCGUUUAAAAAAAUUAAAGAGGUUCAAUUUGUGACUGAGAUACCUAAAAACCCCGCUGGUAAGGUUUUAAGACGCAUUAUCAAGGAAAAGUAUUGUUAA